CUUUCGCGAUUUAGUAGAAGUCGCAAAUUUUUGCGAAAAAAAAUCUAUUCAACUGAAUUUUCCUUCUAUUUUUAUCCCACUUAACGCCAACAAACCAGCGAAAACAAUAUUGAAAAUUGUUUAAAACAAUCAUUCGACAUCGAGGUAUCCAAGAGAAUAAAAGAGCCCUCACAAAAAAGGCCGAAACUGCAAGAGGAGAGCUCCGUCGAAAAGGCACCAGACGUUGGUGGUGUGCCACUGGCCGAGGCCCUUAAAGACGAGGACAUACACAGAGUGACACAGACCGUUCGACCAUUCCAGCAGUUUAAGUUUCCAGACGCGACCGCUGACGGAGUGGAGGAAGUUCAGGCAGUAAAUCCGAAACAGAUACUGGCUGAAGAGAGGCUGACUAUACCUUGCCAAAGAGAGGCUCUUGUAUUUAAUCUCAAUUACCUAGAAGUUAAAAAAGAACAGAUAGCAGAUAUUGAUGAAAGCUUUUAUGACGUCACAAUCGAGGACAUACGUAUGCGGAUUCACUCCUUGAAGACAGGAGCAUCGGAAGAGACUCCGUUGAUGACAAAAAAUAUGAGACGCACGAAAGAUUUGGAAAAGGCUAUGCGGUACAAAAAGGUUAUCAUCAGAGUUCAGUUUCCAGAUAAGUUUGUCUUGCAAGGAGUUUUCAGGCCCCUGGAGCCCGUUGGAGCCGUUAAACAGUUUGUUAGAGAACAUCUACAAAAUAGUGUUGACAAUUUUCAUUUAUAUACUACACCUCCUAAAUGUUUACUUAAGGACGACAAGCAAACACUUCAUCAAGCAAAAUUGAUUCCAGCUGCCCUUGUGCAUGUAUCCUCGACGCAAAGCUCAGAAUUGGUCCUACGAAAUGAACUAAUUGAAGAAGCUGUUUCCUAUUUAGAAGCAGAAAACAAGGCUUUUGAUAUUUUGAAGAAAAGGAAUACCGAUAAAAAAGCACCCAGUUUGCAAUCAAGCGAUGUGUCUGCACCAACUACUAGUAGCUCUCGCGAAACGACGGCAACGGAGACACAGAGAAAACCCACUGCUUCAGAGUUCAUGCCUUCGAAAGCUGAUGGGAGUUCGGACAGAAAGGUGCCUAAAUGGUUCAGAUGAUAUGGAAGGCUCAAAUUUAUUAAACUUUACCAAAAAUACGUUUUGCUAUUGAUGCAAAGCUUCUAAAAAUUUCAAAAUGUUGAAAAGCUAGAUUUACAGAAGGCAACAAAUAUUUAAUAAAUCUCAGUAGUAGUAUGUGUAGUGUCACUCCUUUACUAUAACGAUAUUUAUUUGCGUAGUUUGGGGCUACACCAAGAUUUUCUUAAGUUCAUAUCUCUCUUUGUUUGCUUUGGAGUUUGUUUUUAAUUUUCUGUUUCAUAUCAUACUGCCCCGGACAAUGCAGCCAUUCAGUAAUCCCCCUUGUGAAAGUCAGGCAUUGAACCUACUUUUCAAGUUUAUUUCUGUUACCAUCCUGGUAUACCCACUGAUCAUUAAAUAAGACUAGAUCGAGCUUCUAUUGUGACCAAAGUGUUCCCAUUCGAGAAGUGGGCCCCAGACCAGGGUUGGGGCCGAAGAGAAAAUAGUUGGGUAAACAAAUAUUUGACAAGCUUUUAGUUGGGUAGUGGGAAAAUAUUGCCUAAAAAGGGUCGAGUAAAGAAGAAGUGCUUGAAAUACUUGAGUAUAACAAUUGAUUUAGAAUUGACAUUUCAUCAAAAGUAGCCAUCUACCUUACCUCAUACAGUUUAAUGCAACAAAAAUUUUAUUACCAAUAAUGGCCUGAAAAUUAACAAUUGUCUAGAAAAUUUCUUGUUAUCUUUCUAUCUACUUUCAUCAGACAUAAAAUAGUUUGUAUAUAUAGAAUAUUGGUGUUGUACUAUAAAUGUUUUCCAAUGGCUAACUAGCAACAUCUGGAUUCUUCAGUUUCUCAAAAUAUUUCUCAACAAAGUUUAUAAAGAUAAGCUUUAACAUAAGAUUUGCAUUGUGGGUAAUCCCCAAGUGACUUUAAAAAUACAACCCUUUUAACAAAGAAUCUGUACGAAAUAAAAAAGCAAAAAGCAGCAAACAGAGAUCUGAGGACAGAAAAGGUUGUCAUGGCUAUGACUGGCUGGAUUUAGUAAUGAAGGGAAAACUAAAAGACUUGACUGUUAAGGAAUUGGAUAAAUACCUCAAUAAGUACGGUCUCAGCAAGCAAGGGAAGAAAGCAGACAGCUCAGUAAGCAAGGGAAGAAAGCAGACAGGAUGGCUGCAAUAACUGCAGAGGUACUCAGGAGAACUCAAGAGGGUGUAAUUUUAAGGAAAGUAAUGCCAGAAAACGAACCAGAUAUCAGUGUUAUUGACAGUCAUUAUGAAAACGAUAGCGACAGUGAAGGAGAUCUUGGUGUUGAAGAAUUUGGAGCCAGUUAAAUUUCAGAUGAGGAGGAUCCUGGAGGUCACGAUGACAAUGAAACUCUUUCUCUUAUUGUGAGAACCCGUUUUGGACGUGUGGCAGGUAACUCGAAAUUAUUCCAAUUGCAUUAGCAAUGUAGACUAUUAGUAUGCAUGGUAUAGAUAGAUGUAAGACAAAUAAUCGAGGCACACAUGUAGAUUCUGAGAAGGCUACAUUGAAUUGUGAUAUUUCCUAUUUUUAGCUUUAGGUUGGGUAGGAAGAAAAUAUGACUAGGAUAUCGUUGGGUAGAAAAAAUUAAUAAUGGUUUCAUGUUGGGGAAACUAAAUUCCUGGAGGCAAGCAUUUCUCUUCGGCCCCAACCCCGGCCAUGAGUAAUGAUCCAAGCAUAGCCGUACUUUUUGGCGAAAAAAGGCUCGACAUAAAAACUAAAUUUUAUUCAAGGAAAGGUUGCUUCAAUUGCUUUCUUUCAAAGAUUAUUAACGUUACAUUAAAAAAACGAAAAUAUUCAGAAAGUUUAGAAUAAAGAAUUUGACCUUCCAAAAUCGACAAUUUUGGCUGGCAAAAAUUGGCUUGACAUAAAAACCAAUUUUUUCAAUGAAAAAAACUUGGUUUGCUUUGCUUUAAAGAUUAUUAAAUUGAUGUCAAGAAAAAAUAGAGAUCCAGCCAAGUUUGGCGUAAAAAAUCCCGUUUUCAAAAAUCAACAUUUUUGCCAAGCAUAUUGCCUUACUUUUUAGCGAAAGAUUGGCUCAGAAAAAACAAUUUUUUUCAGCGAAAAAGAGCUUGAAUAGCAUUAUUUUAUGUAUUAUUGACUUCAUAUAAAGAACAAUGGAAAUUCAGCAAGGAUUGUAUUUUUGGCCAAAAAGGGCUAUUGGCUUGGCAAAACUGUGGAUUAUUGAGGGUGAAAAUUAUUAUAAUAAACACCACAUCUCUUUUUCUCGUUCUUUGACGCUAAUAAACGUUAGAACGAAGUCAUCAAAGCUCUUUUUGACUAACAAGUUAGUUUUCUUGUCGAUCAAUUCUUCGCUAAGAACUAAGGCAAAAGUGAAUUUUUUUUGUCAACCUGACUGAAUAUCUAGAAUAAGAAAAAAAAUCGACAAUUUCUUCGAAAUUUUCUUCAACUAACAUAAGCGUGAUUCGCUUAUAUAAAAUGGGUUUUUUUUUUCGAAAAAAACGACUUUAUAGAGGCGUCGAUUAUUUAUAAGAAAAAAGGCUAUAGCCUUGGAAAAAUAUUCGAUUUUUUUCGAAAAUUUUUCUCUUACAAACAGCUUGAUUCUCUUCUUUAUAAUAAAAACGUAUGAUAAUUUAAUUGCGUUUGGGAAUUAAAAUCGUAUUUUCGAAACAAUAACGACUUUUCUGAGGGUUCGAUUUCUGACAAGAAAGUAAGACUAUAGGCUUAGAAAAUUCAUCAAUUUUUUUCAAAACUUUCUUCUCUUAGAACCAGCUAGAGCCUUUCGAGAUGAUAAGUAAGUAUUAUAAUUUAAUUGGG